ACCAACCCCGAAAUUCUUUAUAUGGAAACACUGAUCAUCAAACUCUGUUUCAGGUUCAAACAAAAAAGCUAACUUUCCCAAAAAAAAAAAUCAUGACGACACAAGAUGUGAUAAUCACUGAUCAGAAACAGAGUAGUAGUAAUGACGUCAUUUUCCGAUCGAAAUUGCCGGAUAUUUACAUCCCUAACCACCUACCACUCCACGACUACAUCUUCGAAAACAUCUCUGAGUUCGCCGCUAAACCAUGUUUGAUCAAUGGUCCCACCGGCGAGGUAUACACCUACGCCGACGUCCACGCCAUAUCGCGGGAACUCGCCGCCGGUCUUCAAAUAGUUGGCGUGAACCAACACGACGUCGUAAUGCUCCUCCUCCCGAACUCUCCAGAAGUAGUCCUCACUUUCCUCGCAGCUUCACUCAUCGGCGCAAUCACCACUUCAGCGAACCCGUUCUUCACUCCGGCGGAGAUCUCUAAACAAGCUAAAGCCUCCGCCGCGAAACUCAUCGUCACUCAAUCUCGUUACUUCGAUAAAAUCAAGAACCUCCAAAACGACGGCGUUUUAAUCGUAUGCACCGAGUCCGACAUCAUCCCCGAAAACUGCAUCCGCAUCUCCGAGUUGAUUAUGGCCGGAGACCUCCAAGUCAACUCCGAGAUUUCGCCAGACGACGUCGUGGCGCUUCCUUUUUCCUCUGGCACGACGGGUCUCCCCAAAGGAGUGAUGCUAACACACAAAGGUCUCGUCACGAGCGUGGCGCAGCAAGUCGACGGCGAGAACCCGAAUCUUUACUUCAACAGAGACGACGUGAUCCUCUGUGUCUUGCCUAUGUUCCAUAUCUACGCUCUCAACUCCAUCAUGCUCUGUAGUCUCAGAGUCGGUGCCACGAUCUUGAUAAUGCCUAAGUUCGAGAUCACUCUCUUGUUAGAGCAGAUACAAAGGUGUAAAGUCACGGUGGCUAUGGUCGUGCCACCGAUCGUUUUAGCUAUUGCAAAGUCGCCGGAGACGGAGAAGUAUGAUCUGAGUUCGGUUAGGAUGGUUAAGUCUGGAGCAGCUCCUCUUGGUAAGGAGCUUGAAGAUGCUAUUAGUGCUAAGUUUCCUAACGCCAAGCUUGGUCAGGGCUAUGGGAUGACAGAAGCGGGUCCGGUGCUAGCAAUGUCGUUAGGGUUUGCUAAAGAGCCGUUUCCAGUGAAAUCAGGAGCAUGUGGUACAGUGGUGAGGAACGCCGAGAUGAAGAUACUUGAUCCAGACACCGGAGAUUCCUUGCCUAGGAAUCAAGCCGGCGAAAUCUGCAUUCGUGGCAACCAAAUUAUGAAAGGCUAUCUCAAUGAUCCAGUGGCUACCGCAUCGACGAUUGAUAAAGACGGUUGGCUUCACACAGGAGACGUUGGGUUCAUCGAUGACGAUGACGAGCUUUUCAUUGUCGAUAGAUUGAAAGAACUCAUCAAGUACAAAGGAUUUCAAGUGGCUCCAGCUGAGCUUGAAUCUCUCCUCAUAGGUCACCCAGAAAUCAAUGAUGUUGCUGUCGUCGCAAUGAAAGAAGAAGAUGCUGGUGAGGUUCCUGUUGCGUUUGUGGUGAGAUCGAAAGAGUCGAAUAUAUCCGACGAUGAAAUCAAGGAAUUCGUGUCAAAACAGGUUGUGUUUUAUAAGAGGAUCAAUAAAGUGUUCUUCACUGACUCUAUUCCAAAAGCUCCAUCAGGGAAGAUAUUGAGGAAGGAUCUAAGAGCAAGACUAGCAAAUGGAUUACUGAACUAGCUAAGUUUUAGAUGAUCCACAUAUAUGAAUGUAAUCUUAUCGGAAAAAUGAAACGAAAUCGUUUUUUGAACAAAGGAAAUAAACUUACAGGUAAAAAUCUUUGCUCUAUUUUCUUUGUAUUUAUGUAAUGGAUAAAUAUGGUUGUAUCUUUUGUAUUGGUGAAAUUAUGUUACUUUCCGAUAUUGUGACAUAAUGCUUGAAUAUAACAUUUCAAUAUUG